AUGGAAGAUGUAAAAGAGGAAAUAGAAUACUGGCAAACAGCGGUUGUAUGCUUUGUACUGGGGUCAAAUCCACCGUUAACAGUGGUGGAGGGGUACUUCAAUCGCAUAUGGAAGGAUCUGGGAAUUGAUAAGGUAGCUCAAAUUAAAAAAGGAGUAUACAUGGUCAGAUUCUACAGCAAUGAAGGGCGCACAAAGGCAAUUGAAGGGGGAGUGCAGAUAUUUGAUCGAAAACCAGUGAUAAUUAAGCCAUGGAAACCAGGAAUGGAGAUAACGAAUGUAACAGUGGAGCAGGUACCUAUAUGGAUUCGAUUAGUGGGCCUAGAUCUAAAGUACCGGGGGCAAGCAGCUCUAACAAAAAUAGCGGGGCUGGUGGGGAAACCUGUGAAGGCUGAUACAGCAACAACGAGAAAGGAGAAACUCAUGUAUGCAAGGGUAAUGGUGGAGGUUCCUUUGAACAAAGCAUAUCCAUAUUCAGUGAUGUUUGAAAAUGAAUUAGGACAAAUAAUUGAACAGGAAAUAAAGUAUGAAUGGAAGCCUACAAUGUGCCAACAAUGCAAAUUAUUUGGCCACACAGACCAGCAAUGCAGAAGACCUGUGGAGAAGAAAGAACAACAGGAAAAGCCAGCUAUAGCAGGGGAUGGCAUGGAAAAACGGCCAAAAAGUAUACAAGGGAAAGCUCUACAAAAGCAGAUUAUCAUGCCAGUAAGUAACUCUUUCUCAACACUGGAGGAUCACGAAGAGGAGCAGACUGCAGGGGAGAGUAAUAGAGAGCAAACAAUGACAGAUAGGAGAAACAAAGCUAAAAAAAUUACACAAGGAGAAGGUACUCAACAAGGGAAAGACAGAUUAACAACAAAUUACCAGAGGGGAGUACAAAGGAAAAUAGAGAUGGGUCCAGGAACAGGGAGGGGAGAUGCAAUCCCCCUCCAAAAUGGAUAA